CUGCAUUAUUUCACUGUUUUUCUUUGAAACUGAGUCAUUUAUGUUGUAACUUUUAUCGCAUGUUAUUUAAUGUUGACCCUGACAUGGUUCCCCAGAUGUUUUGUGGUGUUUUAACUGAUAAUAUAAGUUUUGGUGGAAGUUUUCACUUCACUUUCUGGGCCCUGCGUCAUGUGACCAGUAUAGCACUGCAGAGACUUUAGCCUUUUAGCCUCCAUUUUCCGAGUGUAAACUCUAUGUUGUAUAUUUAGGAGCAGAAGAGCAGAGAAAAGACCAGAAGGCAGUUAAUUGUGUUGUCUUCUGCAGGAACAAGAACACUAGAGGGAGAGCACACGUAGGACGGCUUACAUAAAUUGUAGAGUCAGGUGAUAUCUGCCGGAAUCCCAUUCUGUUUGCAUCAUUACCUUCAGCAGCAUCACCAUCAGCAGCAGUCAUGGUCUUUCGUUCUCUCCUGCUGGUUCUCGCCUGCCUUCAGUCCUUCAUAUCGGCCGAACAUCAUAAUGAACCAGAGAAAUGCUGUUACAGUUACCAGAAGAGUCGAAUCCCUGUAAAACUCAUUACAGCGUAUGAAGAACCAGACUUUCGGUGUGCACUCCGUGGAGUCAUCUUUACUCUAAAGAACGGCAAAGAGGUGUGUGCAAAUCCUGAAGACGAGUGGGUGAAGAAGCACAAGAACACAAUCGACCAGCGCAAGUUUAAAAACCUGUCUUAAACUCAGCCGAGUGUUUAAAUCCUCUCUCCGUUAAUAAGUUUUUUUAAUCAUAGUUAAACUUUUGUUUGAAUUAGUCCUGCACUGUUGAGCUGAAUUACACUGGAGGCAAUGAGGAUGAAUUAAUUAUAUCUUUAUACCUAAUAAAGGACAUUAACUUGCAUAUUAUGAUGUUUCUAUUUGUUUGAUCACAUUUUCACCUUUUAAAAGAAAACUUGUGAAACGUCAGCCACCUUCAAAGAGAUUAAAAUGUUUAUGACAUCUUUGGU